GCGGCCUAUGUGGAGCACCGGGAGGCCAUUGUGGCUGGGGCAGCUCUGCGCGCCGGAGCAGGAGGAGGCGACCGUGGCCCGCGAGCGCCGCGCCCGGUCCCGCCGAAGUCCGACCGAGGGAGGAGACGAUUUCUUGGAGUUCACCUGCUGGCUUAAGCCAUGGAGAAGAUGCUGCUUCUUCCUACGUGCACCUAGGAAGAGAGAGAUCUUGAAGGCUGUACCAGGUCCUUGGGAGAGAAAACUACAUGACACUACACCAUGAGUGACAGUAAAUGUGAUAGUCAGUUUUACAGUGUUCAAGUUGCAGAUUCAACAUUCACUGUUCUAAAACGUUACCAGCAAUUGAAGCCCAUUGGAUCAGGGGCACAGGGCAUUGUUUGUGCUGCGUUCGACACAGUCCUCGGAAUAAACGUCGCUGUGAAGAAGCUGAGUCGUCCCUUUCAGAAUCAAACCCACGCAAAAAGGGCUUACAGAGAGCUUGUUCUUUUGAAAUGUGUCAAUCACAAAAAUAUAAUUAGUUUAUUAAAUGUAUUCACACCACAGAAGUCACUAGAAGAAUUUCAGGAUGUAUAUUUGGUUAUGGAGCUGAUGGAUGCAAAUUUGUGCCAGGUCAUUCACAUGGAAUUGGAUCACGAAAGAAUGUCUUACCUUCUUUACCAGAUGCUUUGUGGUAUCAAACAUCUUCACUCAGCUGGUAUCAUCCACAGAGAUUUGAAACCCAGCAACAUAGUAGUCAAAUCAGAUUGUACACUCAAAAUCCUUGAUUUUGGCCUGGCAAGAACAGCCUGUACUAACUUUAUGAUGACUCCAUACGUAGUAACACGCUAUUACCGGGCACCAGAGGUUAUCCUUGGAAUGGGAUAUAAGGAGAAUGUUGAUAUCUGGUCAGUUGGGUGCAUCAUGGGAGAAUUGGUGAAAGGUUGUGUGAUAUUCCAAGGCACUGAUCAUAUUGAUCAGUGGAAUAAAGUUAUUGAACAAUUAGGAACACCAUCAGCAGACUUCAUGAAGAAACUACAGCCUACAGUGAGGAAUUAUGUAGAAAACAGGCCAAAAUAUCCUGGUAUUAAAUUUGAAGAGCUCUUCCCAGACUGGAUAUUUCCAUCAGAAUCUGAUCGUGACAAGUUAAAAACCAGCCAAGCUAGAGAUCUAUUAUCAAAAAUGCUUGUAGUAGAUCCAGACAAGAGAAUUUCUGUAGAUGAAGCCUUACGUCAUCCUUAUAUUACUGUCUGGUAUGACCCAGCUGAAGCAGAAGCUCCUCCACCUCAAAUCUAUGAUGCACAAUUGGAAGAAAGAGAACAUGCAAUUGAAGAAUGGAAAGAGUUAAUAUACAAAGAAGUAAUGGAUUGGGAAGAAAGGAGCAAGAAUGGUGUGGUAAAAGAUCAGCCCUCAGAUGCAGCAGUGAAUAGCAACACCAGUCCUUCCCAGUCAUCAUCUAUCAAUGACAUUUCAUCCAUGUCAACAGAGCAAACAUUGGCCUCAGAUACAGACAGCAGCCUCGAUGCCUUGACAGGACCCCUCGAAGGAUGUCGAUGAUCAGCCAGGAUUGCAGACUUGACUUUGGAAAAAAGAACUCUUGCUUCCAUUGGGCCUGAAUUGCUUGUAAGUUAAUGGAACCAAGUAGAAAAACUCCAUGUUCUGCAUGUUCUGCUAAAGUAAUGCCUGUUUUUUUUCACUCAGUUGUUAUGAAAUUGCCUGCUUAAUGUUGUAGAAUGAAAGCAAAUCAAUGUCUAAAGAACAAACAAAUUUAAAUCUAGACACUAUUUGAGGCUUUGCUUUGUUUCAGCCUAUUUCAGGUGAGCAGUUACAAUAGACUUCUAGCCAAUAACUCCUCUUAAGUGGGUUUGUGAAUCUUCAGUCCCAACUGGCAGGCUUUCUGUGACACAAUGGUUGUUUACAUUUUAGUACAGUAUUGCUCCUUAGUGGGUUUUUUGAAUGUAUAGUCUCGAUGAAGUUUGUUUUAACAUGUGACUGUGGCAGUUUGCUUGGUUUAACGACUGGAGUGUUGUGUGUAAUUGUGAACUCAUGUAUUGAAUGCUCUCAGUACUAUGUUUAAAGGGCAGUUACUCUUCCACCUAGCACUUUUUUUUUUUCUUUAAUUGAGCUCUUGAGCCUUUCCUAUCUUCACUUUCCAAGGAGUCUAUCUUCUUGUAGAAAGAGCUGAACAUGAAGUUGAAAGAGUAUAGCCAUUACUUUGGGUCUCACCUACAAGUCCAUCUCUAAAG